AUGCAGGGUAUCACCUUGCUGAGCAAGAAACUGGAACACGAUAUCGGUGAUCUUGACAGCCCUGUCAAACGACGAUUCGCAAAGUUCCGCAAUGCGGUUGAAAAGUCGCUCGCCGACUGUUCGCUCCUGCGAGCGGAUAAUAAGCACUUGUUCGACCAGAAUAAUGAGAAAAAGACGCGAGCAUCGACAAGGUCCACCGUGAUCGGACGGGCCAAGAUCAUGACAUAUGAUGACCUUGCGGCGGCCCGAAAAAAGCGUGGAGCAGCGGAACCUGGCACCGCCGGCCGAAUUAGAAAAUCUGCCAAACGUCAAAAAAACGGUCCCAGCCCUCCCAAGACUCCUAAAACCUCAUCAGACGCUCCUUCCAAUCCUAAGGAAAUCGACAAAGACAUGUCCGGGAUUGAGUCUAGGGGCUUGGAAAGUUAUUGUUCUGUUUUGCAGUUCUGAUUCUCCAUUCAACCUCUCAUUAACAGACUAGCAUAUCCUCGGGAAAGUGGAGCCAUUCUUGACGAAGGGCGUGCCUUGUUCUGUAAACUCAGCUUCCGUGAUUUCACCACGAGGAUAUUGAAUGACGAAAGGCAACGAGCUAGACACUGGGAGCUGCAGACGAGAGGAUGGAAUCGCUCUGAAGAUUUCCAACCGGUUUUGUUCUCUCCCCGUCAAUGCCCGCAUCAAGUGCUGGAAAGGUGAAUGGAGUCAACCUUCAUAGUUCACGAUAAAGGGCCGCUUCCCAUUUCUUGGACGGUAGGGCUCUUGGGGCUGGUUUUGGUAUCCUGCAUUUACUCAUGAC